CAGCACCUUUAGUUAAGUAUUUCUGGGGGUGACAGCCUGAUGCGGGUAUCGUAAUCAAUCACUACUCCACAACCUUGCUCUUGAGUCGUUUGCCUUUUACUUGUAAACCAUGUUAACACUCACCAAUGUCGCUUGGCUGGUUCUAGGUCUUACUGGUGCCGGAGUGUAUCUGAUGAUGCGAGCGUUCAACAAGCAGAAUCCUGCACCUUAUCCCCCUGGUCCCUUGGGGUGGCCUCUCAUUGGGAAUAUUCAAGGCAUCCCUAGCAUCAAGCCCUGGUUCACUUUUACUGAGUGGGGCAAGAAGUAUGGGGACAUCACGCAUGUCGAGAUUCUGGGUCAGCAUCUGAUGGUGGUGAACUCUACCAGGACUGCAAUAGAGAUGUUGGACAAGAAGAGUAAUGUGUACUCCGACCGCCCUGUCCUUCCCAUGGCUGGCGAACUCUGUGGCUGGAAGAACUGUUUGCCUCUUCUCCCUUACGGCGACCGUCUUCGCCAGUACCGCAAGAACUUACACCACGUCAUUGGCAGCCGCGCCGCUAUGAAGAUCUACCACCCGAUCGAAGAGAUUGAGACUCGCCGAUUCCUUAAGCGUGUGUUUACGAAACCUGACCAACUACGAGAACAUAUCCGACAUACCGCCGGCGCCAUCAUUCUGCGCAUCGCUUAUGGUUACGAAGUGAAAGAGAACAAUGAUCCCUUCGUCGACCUUGCAGACCGUGCUGUGCACCAAUUCUCGCGUUCGAGCACUCUUGGUGCCUUCAUGGUUGAUUAUAUGCCAUUCUUGGCAAAUGUCCCCGAAUGGUUCCCUGGUGCUAGCUUCAAGCGCAAAGCGCGUGAGUGGUGUGAGACCCUCAAUGAAAUGGCUUCUGCACCCUACGAGUUUGUUAAGGAUCAAAUGGCGGCUGGCAUCGCGCCGAAGUCUUUUACCUCUGAUCUGUUGCAAGGCCGUAUUUUAUCUGCGGAAGAGGAUCAUAUUGUGAAGUGGUCUGCUUUAUCUUUAUACAGCGGUGGUGCCGACACGGCUGUUUCCUCGAUUUACUCGCUUUUCCUAGCUAUGACACUUUUCCCUAAUGUGCAGAGGAAAGCUCAGGACGAAAUAGACGCUGUUGUUGGAUCCGAUCGUCUUCCAUCCUUCGCCGAUCGCGACUCCCUCCCCUACAUUGAGGCGCUCGUAAAAGAAGUUCAACGCUGGAAUGUUGUCAGCGCUGCGGGUUUCUCCCACCGUGCGACCGAGGACAACAUCUAUAAUGGGUACUACAUUCCAAAAGGCUCCUUGAUUCUUGCUAACCUUUGGUUCAUGCUUAACGACCCACUGACAUAUCCCAACCCGUCGCAAUUCAGCCCUGAACGCUUCUUGGCCAAUGACGGAAAGAAGCCUGAGACAGACCCUUACACAAUUUGCUUCGGCUUUGGAAGACGUAGCUGUCCAGGUCUCCACCUCGCUGACGCCUCAGUUUGGUUAUCCGCCGCGAUGUCAUUGGCCGUGUUUGAUAUCUCCAAGGUCGUCGAGAACGGCGUUGAGAUCACGCCUGAGAUCGACCCCUCAUCAGGCCUAACCAGCCACCCCAAACCUUUCAAGUGUUCUAUCAAGCCUCGCUCUGCGAAAGCCGUGGCGCUCAUCCAGCAGGAUGUUGACUAUUAAGCGUGCGAAGGUGACAUCCCACAGUAAGGCAGUCACUGUUUCUUCACAACCGACAGCGAGAUCUGUCAUAGUUUGCCCUUAGAACCACAGGAUUAUGGUGUCACAUCGUUAUAUUGUAGAUAUGUUAUCUUGCUCCACCAUCUUUUUUACAAUGCAUGCUCUGGUAUCAA